AAGAAAACUUCAAGUCUAAUAUAAAAACACCCUCACCAGAAAGAAAAAGCCAUCAAUGCCUACCAGCACUGCCACUCGUAUCCACUCUGGAGCUGACUUGUCCCCCGAAAAGCUUGCUUAUCUCAAUGAUUAUCUUCAGAAUUUGAGCCCUCACGAAAUCUUGGAAUGGGCUAUCGAUAAUCUUCCUCAAUUGUUCCAAACCACCGCCUUUGGUCUGACCGGCCUUGUCACGCUUGAUAUGAUUAAUAAGAUCAGUAUUGACCGCGAGCAGCCACAUUUGGUGCCUCUUAUUUUCUUGGACACGUUAUAUCAUUUCAACGAGACUCUUGACCUGGCUCGCCGUUGCCAGGAAACAUAUGAAGUGCCUCUCAAAGUAUACAAGCCCAUGGACUGCGAAACCGUCCAAGAAUUUGAACGCGAGCACGGUACUCACUUGUGGGAAACCGAUGAAGACUCGUACGAUUAUCUCGUGAAAGUGGAACCAGCUCGUCGCGCUUAUGAAGAAUUGGAUGUUCGUUCCGUGAUCACUGGUCGCCGUCGCAGCCAAAAGGGAGACCGUGAAUCCAUUCCCAUCCUUGAAGUCGACGACACCGGCCUCAUCAAAUUGAACCCUCUCGCUUACUGGGAUUACCAACAAGUGUGGACCUACAUCCGUGCCAAUGAAGUACCUUACAACGCUCUGGUUGACCAAGGUUAUCGAUCCAUUGGCGACUGGCAUUCCACUCGCAAGCCUUCCAACGACAAUAGUGAACGAUCUGGUCGCUGGGCUGGUUCUCAAAAGACCGAAUGCGGUUUACACAAAGAUUACUUCAAGAUGCGCGCCGCCUUCAUGGCCGCCAAGAGAAAGAAAGAACAACUUUUGUUGGAACAGCAACAACAGCAGCAAAAGCAAACCGCAGUGAUGACCACGCUCUUGGCAUCUUCCUAAAUUUUGUCGACUCCCAUCGUAUCUUUUUUUUUCCUUUACAACCACCUUCAUCUCUCUUUCAUCAUUUCAUGCUACCACACUCUCGCUCUCUGUCAUUUCCGAUCAUGAACUGUAUAUAGACAAUCCUCUUAAUUUUUGACUCUCAUAAUAACAACUAUUUAAAAUAA